GAAAAAGCAAAGGGUCUCUGAAUCUUACGGUGGUGGAAUCAAUCAACAACAAAAUAAAAAGGAAAACGUCAGAAAAUGUGCAAAGGAUUAGCUGCAUUGCCCCAAACAUGUCUGGAAAGGGCUAAAGAGAUAAAGUCUAAGUUGGGGGUUCUCCUCCAGAAGCCUGAGAAUGGCAUUGACCUGAUUAUUCCCUACCCCGAAAAACCAGAAAAGAAGCCAGAAAAGCUUCAGAAGCCGAGUCCUGAGGAAGCUGCUCAGUGGCGUGACUCCCUGGAACACGUGCUGACCAACAGCUAUGGCCUAGCCAUGUUCAGUAGCUUCCUGCGCUCUGAGUUCAGUGAGGAGAACAUUGAGUUUUGGGUGGCCUGUGAGGACUUCAAGAAGACCAAGUCCCCCAUUAAGUUAGCCAUGAAAGCCAGAAAGAUCUAUGAGGACUUUAUCCAAACUGAGGGACCCAGAGAGGUGAACAUUGAUCAUUACACCAAGGAUGUGACCCUGAGGAACCUUGUUGACCUUUCCCCCGGAACAUUUGACCUGGCCCAGAAGAGAAUUUAUGCUCUGAUGGAGAAGGACUCCUUCGGCCGCUUCCUGAGAUCUGAGCAGUACCAGGAGCUUGUCAAAUAAGUAAAUGAUCAGAGUAAGGGUCAAUUCCUAUUUAACUGGAUAUCAUUUGCAGUGGAAUUAGGCCUUUUUCAGAUAAUUUGAUGGAAUUGACCCAAACGCGACUGCAGGUUUGACAUCUAAGUAUCAUCAUAAACAUUUUCCUGAUUCUAAACUUG